CAUCUCUCGUCGGAGUAGGAGCCGAGAGGCGCAGAGAAAAACAGGGGGAAAAUCCAGGAAUCUGAGAAGCCCAGGGACUUGGGAGUCCUUGUACAGAAGACCCUGAAGGUUAACUUGCAGGUUGAGUUGGUGGUGAGGAAGGAUUACUCUGUCCCUGACCACUGGAACCAUGUGGCUGGUGAAGUUGCUGGCUCUCGGCCUGGUGAUCGCCGCAGUCUCGGCUGCAGAGCAGAAACCGAGUGAGCAUACGGCCACGCUGGCGGAUGCCAGUGUCAAGCUGGGAUUGAACCUGUACCACACCAUGGCCAAAGACAAGGCCACCAGCAACAUCCUGCUCUCUCCUGUGGUGCUCGCCUCCCUCCUAGGAGCAGUGUCACUCAGCGGCCCCGGCCCGACCGCCUCCGAGGCAAAGGCUCUGCUCGACAUGGACAAGGUGCCAGAUGACAAGUUCCAUCUCACUGUCUCCCAGCUCCUGGCAGACGUCAGUAACUCUACUGCGCGCAAUGGCACCUGGAAGAUCGGCAGCCAGCUUUACGGCCCCACCUCGGUGAAAUUCGUCGAGGACUUUGUGCAGAAAAGCAAGAAGCACUACAACUUUGGGCACGCCAAGGUCAACUUCAGGGACAAGAAGGGCGCCCUGAAGGCCAUCAAUGAGUGGGCAGCGAAGACCACAGAGGGGAAGCUUCCCGAGAUCAUCAAGGACCUGCAGAGUACUGAUGGAGCUAUGAUCAUCAAUGCCAUGUUCUUCAAACCUCACUGGAAUGAGAAAUUUCACCACAAGAUGGUGGACCAGCGGAGCUUCAUGGUCACCCGCUCGGAAACCAUCGCGAUCAGCAUGAUGCACCGCACCGGCUUGUACAACUUCUACAUUGAUGAAGCGAAUCAAGUGUUUGUGCUGGAGAUGGAGCUGUCCCGUUCACUUUCCAGUGUGAUCUUCAUCAUGCCCUUCCAACUGCAGUCCCUGGACAGAAUCGAGAAGCUGCUGACCAAGGAACAGAUCAACGCUUGGGUCAGCAAGCUAAAGAAACGGGCAGUGGCCAUCUCCUUGCCGAAGGGCAACUAUGGGGUCAGCCAUCAGCUCCAGAAGUACCUGGGCGGUGUUGGUUUGACCACCGCGGUCGACAAGAACAAAGCGGACUUGUCCAAAAUCUCGGGCAAGAAGGAUCUGUACCUGUCCAGCCUUGUCCAUGGCACCGCUUGGGAAUGGGCCACUGAAGGCGACCCGUACGAUGCCUUCAUCUACAGCCGCGAGGAGCUGAAAAACCCAGAGGUGUUCUACGCUGACCACCCCUUCAUCUUCCUGGUUAAGGACAAAAACACUGGUUCGUUCCUCUUCAUUGGGCGGCUAGUGAGACCAGAUGGCCGCAAAAUGCACGACGAAUUGUAGCCUCUGGGCAGUUCUGGUGUACGUGGGGCCAAAAUGCAACAUGUCUUUUUUUGUUUAAAGAAAAAGAAAUGUUAGUUCUGUGUAAGUGGUUUGACAUGCUGUCUUGGGAGUAAACAGUUGAUCUUUUUGAGAAUGGUGCCCUGUUAAACCCCCACCCUAGCCCUUGUUAGGUAAAGAAUCCCACUAUUCUCCCUCAACACCCCACUUUCCUCAAUGUUGGGUGGAUUUCAACCAAGAGCGACUGGUGCUUUGUCUUGGUGGUACCACAAUUGAUCAAGUUUUAACCAUGAGCAACAGGUUCUUCUGGCUCCACACAAUCGGCCAAUCCAUUGCACCUGUAGACAGUAUAUGUAGGGCUAACUCCACCAGUGUGUAACCCUAACAAGUAGGGCGGAUUUGUGUAGCAUCGCACUGAAGCAUUUGGCUCAACCAAUUCCUGUCAAUGCUUCAUGGUGCUCUCCUCUCGGCCUUUUCAAUCUCACCCUCUCAACAUAACCAUGUCUUCCUUUCUCCCCUCUGCUCCACAAAAGCUUGUCCAUCUCGGUGAGAUUUACAUGCACAGGAGACUCUGAACAAAGGCCUACACUCAGUGGCCACAUUAUUAGGCACACCUUGUUAAUACAAAUAUCUAAUCGGCCAAUCGUGGCAACAAUACAUAAAAGCAUGCGGACAUGGUCAAGAGGUUCAUUUGUUGUUCAGGUCAAACAUCAGAAUAGGGAAGAAAUGUGAUUCAAGUGACUUUGACCAUGGAAUGACUGUUGGUGCUAGUCAGGGUGGUUUGAGUAUCUCAGAAACUGCUGAACUCCUGGGAUUUUCAUGCACAACAGUCUCUAAAGUUCAUGGGGGAUGAUGCAAAAAGCAAAAAAAAAAUCCAGUGAGUGGCAGUUCUGUGGGUGAAACAACUUUUUAAUGAGACAGGUCAGAGGAGAAUGGCCAGACUGGUUCAAGCUAACAGUAACUGAAAAUAACCACACGUUACAACAGUGGGUGCAGAAGAGCAUCUCUGAACUCAUAUGUUGAACUUUGAAAUGAAUGGGCUACAGAGGCAGAAGACUCCACUGGGUUCCACUCCUGUAACUAAUAAAGUGGCCACAGAGUGUACAUUCACAGGAGAUUCUGGACAAGGCUUGCAUCCCUCACUUUGUUUACUGAUUUUUGCAAAAUGUUCUAUCAACUUUUGGAAAAGUUUAAUUUGAAAUCUUUUGAUAUUUUAUGGAAGGCACUCCAGUGAUUGGGUGGAGCUAAGAGCCUUGUGUUCUUUGUCACGUGCAGUGGACGUCACUGAGAUUUUGAACCAUUUUGACAUUUUGGGACAAAUGCCUGACAGUAAAGGUCAAAGUUCAAAGUAAAUUUAUCAUCAAGGUGUGCAUGUCACCAUGUACUACCUUGAAAUUCAUUUUCUUGUGGCAUUUUAUUGGAAAGAACUGAGUGAAUUAUGAGCAACUGAUCAAUUGCUGGUGGGGUUGAAAUGAUGUGACAAAGUUUCACUGAAAUUCAGGGGCUCCCAAUGAGGAUCUGUAGUUAAUGGUAAAGCUCAUUGGCAUAAAGAAGAUAAAUAAUUUUUAAAGAUGGUAUCGCUUGUAAAUCAGAUCAAUUAACUUCUUUCCCCACUCCUGUUUCAUCUAACCGCUUCCUCUGUAUCUGGCUUCCCUUUGGAUACCUCGGUUAUUCCCAAGUUGUGCCUCAUGCUCCUCCAUUGACGAGGUUCCAAACGAAUUCUUUUACUGAAAAGUUGUAUAUCUGCCCAUGACUUAUGGACCUUAAUAAGCCUGUUUUUAAAGAGGAAAUGCUGGAGGCACAGGAGAUUCUGCAGAUGCUGAAAAUCUGAAGUAACACGCACAACACUGGAGGUCAGGCAAUAUCCAUGAAGGGAAACGAGCAGUCGAUGGUUCAGGCCGAGGCCCUCCAUCAGGCCUCCUAUGAGACUGUUUGUUUCCUUCCAUAGAUGUUGCCUGACCUUCUGAGCUCCUCCGUUGUUUUAUGUGUGUGCUAAAAAUGCUGGAGCAGUUCUCCGGCUGGGCAGAGGAGAAAAGACCUACUGUGUAUAUUGGGGGACCGGUCUAAUAACGUCCCAGCAGAAGUCCCUGAAGAAGGUCAGUGACCAAGAUCGCUUUGCCAGAUUGUGGCCUGUGGUGAGACACAUUGGUUUCUAAUUGGCUUAAAACAAGUACCAACAGCCUUCUCGGCUUUGGGUGGAUUUGAUGGUAGCAUGUUUCUCAAGAUUAAAAACAAACUGCAAGUGGUGGAAAUGUAGGAGGGUAGGGGUGGUGGAUAAAGAUUUGGAAGUGCUAGAAGCACUCAUUGGGUCGAUUAAUGUUUCAAUGAAGGGGCCUGAAGCCAAAAUGUAAACUGGUUUUCCUCUUUCUCAGAGGCUGCUUGGCUUGCUGUGUGUUUCCAGGGUCUAGUCGUUUCUUAAACCUUGAGGUCCAUUUCAAACUUUUCACCCUGCUGGCCAAUUGAGAGUUUGUUCCAAGUCUUUUUUGGGGAGUGGGGUUGAGGAAAACGAGGCUGUUUUUUGUAUAUCAGCUGAUUUUUUUUUUUCUUAAUGCAAUCCCCUCAGUUUCUCAGACAAUCAAAACUGCUUGCAUUGGGAGCCGUGGACGAUGGAGUGGAGUGUUGGGGUGGGAAAUUGUGACUGUUCUUUUGCUGAGUAUCCUAUUGAAUGACAGCAGAUGUACUCAUGUUGCAAUACCUCAUGGCCCACACAGUGUCAUCUGUGGUGCUGGAUCAAUGCCGUAUCUGAAAAUCACAUUUGGUUUUGUUUUACAAUAAAAAAAUUGU